UGGAACUUGAUUAGCUCACAAAGCACAUUAUAAACUGGUGUGGAGAGCAUCAAGAUGCGGAAAAACACAAACAGCGAGAAAGAGAAGUAGCACAGGAAGUGACUGAGGUCUCGGUUAAGCUAAAGAAAAGAUCAAGCUCGUUUAGAAGCUUCAGCUCUCUAACCAGUGUGCAGUGCAGCAGACAUUUUCUGCUCAUUGUUCCUCUCAGAGCUCUGGUUGGUUAGACGAACAGACUGGAGAGAGGCCUUGGGUCCAGUUUGCUGAGGAGGAUUUCUUCCAGGAAGUCUCAUCAGCACAACAACAGUCCUCAGGAGGCCAAUGUUAUGGGGGGAAGUGGCGAUGACAGCGGGCCGGGGAGAUUGAGCCGCAGACUGUCUCGUCUGGGCAGCAGGCAUCAGUCCAGGGAUCUGCCUAGACCUCCAGCCCAGCCAGAAAGACCUCCUGCUCCACCUGUUCAACAGGAUGAGAGGCCUCCACCAGCCGCUGAUCCACCUCCAUCUCUCACUCCAGCAAGGGCUCCUGCUCCUCUCACCCCACCCACUGAUAUGCCACCUAAACGCCCAGACAAAGCCACAAAGCCCAAACAUCCCCCUCGGCCCCUAUCCAAGGGUUUCAGUAGCACUGAACAUGGAGCAGCUGUGUUGCAGGGCUUGGAUACAUUUCGGGCAGAUGAAACUCUCUGUGACGUAGUCUUAAUUCCUGGAGACAGCAAGGAAACAUUCCCAGUGCACAGAGUUAUAAUGGCUUCAUGCAGUGACUAUUUCAAGGCAAUGUUCACAGUAGGUAUGAGGGAGCAGGAGAUGAGAGAGAUAAAGCUGCAUGGGGUCACUAAGGCGGGUUUAAAGAACAUUAUAGAUUUCAUUUACACAGCCAAAGUCAGCUUGGACAUGGAUAAUCUCCAGGACACACUGGAGGCUGCAAACUUUUUGCAGGUCAUGCCUGUCCUGAACUUUUGCAAUCAGCUACUGAGCAGUGAGAUCACUAUUGAUAACUGUGUGGAAGUCGAACGUAUUGCCACAGAUCUGAUUCUGGAGGAUGUUCAGCUGAACAUAGGUGAGUUUGUGAGCCAGAACCUGUCCGCGCUGGUGCAGUGUGGUCGUCACCUGCAGCUCUCUGAGACCACCAUGGCUAACGCCCUGUCCAGCAACUCCCUUAAAGGAUUCUCUGAGAUGGAGCUGUUCCACAUCGCCAGAGGAUGGCUGGAGCAUGACCUUCCCAAACGCCACUCAUCGGUCUAUGCCUUAAUGCGCAAUAUCCGCUUUCCACUGAUGAGCCCCAGUGAACUGAUUCAGCUCUCUCAGGGUGACGAAGAGGGAGCUGACUCCAUGAUGCGCUCAGAAACGGCCUGUGUGAACCUCUUGCUGGAAGCCAGCAACUAUCAAAUGAUGCCUUUCAUGCAGCCAGCGCUGCAAACUGAACGGACACAAAUACGCUCAGACUCCACACACAUCCUGGCACUAGGGGGUGUGAUGCGGCAGCAGCUGGUGGUGAGCCGAGAGCUGCGGCUGUAUGAUGAAGGGACCGGUCACUGGAGGGCCCUGAAGCCCAUGGAAGCGCCACGCUAUCAGCAUGGCGUGGCUCUUCUGGGCGGCUUCCUCUUUAUUGUUGGAGGCCAGAGCACAUACGACACCAAGGGUAAGACGGCCAUAGACAGCGCCUACCGCUACGACCCGCGCUUCGACAAGUGGCUUCAGAUCGCGUCGCUCAACGAGAAGAGGACCUUCUUCCACCUCAGUGCGCUGAAGGGGAAACUUUUUGCAGUCGGAGGAAGGAAUGCCUGUGGAGAGAUCGACACAGUGGAGUGCUACAACCUGAAAACAAACGAGUGGACAUUUGUGAGCCAUAUGCCGGAGCCCCACUAUGGACACGCUGGAGCAGUUCACAGGGACCUCAUGUACAUCUCAGGUGGCAUCACCCGCGACACCUUCCAGAAGGAGCUCUGGUGUUACAAUCCUAUCACUGACACAUGGAGUCAACGGGCCGACAUGAUGGAGUUCCGCGGUCUUCACUGCAUGUGCACCGUCAGAGACAGACUCUAUGUCAUGGGCGGCAAUCACUUCCGAGGCUGCAGCGACUAUGACGACGUCCUGGGUUGUGAAUACUACAGUCCUGAGACUGACCAGUGGACUGUGGUUGCCCCGAUGCCCCGGGGCCAGAGCGACGUUGGUGUCACGGUGUUUAAUGGGCAGAUCUACGUGGUGGGAGGGUAUUCCUGGAACACCAAGUGCAUGGUUGACUUUGUGCAGCGGUAUGAUCCAGAGCAGGAUGUGUGGGACCGAGUGUUCAAGGUUCUAGAGCCUCUUGGGGGGAUUCGUGCCUGUACAAUGACAGUUCAUCUGCCAGAGGGGUCAGUGGAUGAGGCUCAGAUACAGGACUGCCCACUGCCAACAGCUAAGAACUGAAUGUACACCACAGACAGGGGGGUUUCCAACCUUUACUGCAGCCAGACCAGAAUUGGAAAGACAACAUUUACUUGCAUAAAAAGAGGGCAAAACAGGAAAUAGCGUGGGAUGCAAACACAAGCUGCAGGUGCACGCAUAAUUAGCUAUAGAAGCUAACAUUAGAAUUCAUCAGUUAGAAAAUUCAACCCUACUAUCAACCCUUAGUGCCAUUUCCUGUCCUUUCAUUUCCUGUCAGCCAUGCAUCAUCUCUCCCACACUGCUACUCAUGUUCUUUCACUCUACAGUUACAGAAUAUAAAAAGAAACAUUCAAUCCACCUUUAAUAAAAGCUCAAACCCACCCUUCUUCUCCGGUUAGACAUUGAGUGCUGCAGUUCAGUGUUUAGACAGAGUGAACUAGGAGGCAAAAAAGUCACAAUCAUUUAGACAGAUGAUGAGUCAGUCUCUUUCCUGAAACAAAAUGAGAGUGAUUUCUGGUGUAAACACAGCUUUAGACAUCAUCAUGGAAGUAAUUUGGUUAAAGAAUAAAGCAGGCAUUAUUUUAACCCUAAUCCCAGCCUGUCACAACGAAAGAUGGAGGAAUCUGUCCAUAAGCAGCAGUUUCUUCAUUUAUGGCCUUUUGAGGUUUCUGGAUAAUAAUGAAGUUUUGUGGCACAAAGUCAUAAGUCAAAGUUGCUACUUGUGAUGUAGACCUGUAACUAACACAGAAAGUCAAAUGUCCACAGCAAAACAAGCCAAUUAGAGCACAGACCAAACAGAAACUCACCUAAACAAAAACUAUAAUAAAUAUAUAAUAGUAUAUAAUAGCCACACUUAAUAAUUCAUCUUGAUAUUUACAGGGUAAUUUUGUUGUGUGAAUCAGGUAAAAAUGGAAUAAUUACUGGUUCCAACUUACAUGUAAGUACAGUGGGAGAAAACAAGACUAUGGGAAUCAGGAAGAUAUAAUAGACAUCUUAGAGGAAAUGAGAAAAUAAAUUAAAAUAUGUAAAGAGGCUCACCCCCUAACCAGGAGUUUGGUUGUUUGACCUCCAGUCCUUAUGCUGAAAUGAACCCCGAGUUCCUUCUGGUGACCAUCACCAUUGGUUUGUUUUAAUGGGGUGAAUGGGCAAAUUAAUGUAAAGCUCUUUAAGUCAGUUUACCAAAAGAGGGGGUCUCAGUUAUACCCACAUCAUUAGAAUGCUCAUUAGUUUAAACUAUUGAAACUUUUCUCCUAGUAGUACUAAUUAUUUAACUUCUUUUAAUUACAGUACACAGAAUAAAUAAAGUAUGAGGGUUGUUAAUAAUGUAAGUCUACUCUCUCCCUUUUUUUUACUCUUUAAUUGCACAAUUUUAAAAACAGCUGUAUCCCAUAGAUUCUCAGUUUUUACUAAUUAUGUAUGGUAUAUCUUGUGAUUUAUCAGGCUGUAUUAUAAAGUGUCACCAAUAAAACAGAAGGUCUAAGAAUUUUUAUUUGAAUUUGAAAAAAAUGGUAAAUAAUCUACAGUAGAAUUAUAGCUUAAAAUAUGACUGGAUAUAAAGCAAAACAGUUCUGUUCAUAAACGUUCAGCAAAGAGAGAUCAGCUUUACUUCAGUGUCCCAGUAGAUUCAUAUGGAAUGUACCGCAGCUCAUUUCCCAUGUGAAACUGUGUGUGAGCUUCGUGGUUCAGAGCAGGACAUCUUGAGUCCUGACUUGUUUCAGUCAUUUAAAAGUAAAUGAGGGCAGACAGUGACAAACCUCUGGAUUUAAUUGUUGUACCGUCUUGUUACAAUAGGAGCUCAGUCAACUUGUUACUGUCAUAGCAAGAAAAAUGAAUUUAUACAUGUUUGAUAUGUUUUGUAUAUUUAUAUUGAUCUGCUAUGGUUUAAGAUGAAAAUAAAAUGGUGAUUAUGAUUCAUUUUACACUAAUAUUCCUACUGUUCACUGUCAGCAGAGUCCUUCAGUGAUAUUAACACACCCACAAUCGCAUACAAAAACAUACACUUUGUACAGUAUAUCUGAUGUCAGUGCAUGACGAUGAAGCUAGCCUUGACACGCCCUCCAGAUAAGAUAACAGGAUGUUGGGGAGGCGACAGUGGUGCUGUGGGUAGCGCAGUCGUCUCCCAACCAGAAGGUUGAAGGUUUGAAUCUCGG